AUGUCCGAUAACAAUUCGGAAAGUGAAAUUGAAACGGUGUUCGAAGUGAGUUUUCUGGAAAACGCAUUUUUAAGCAAACAUAUUUUUAGAAGAAGAUUUAUGGAGUUCAAGAUGUGGUGAACGCCCAAACCAACCUCAUUCUGAAAUUGCAAAAAUUGAUUGUCAACGACUAUAACAAGUGGGCAAAAACCAAAAUUGUUGGAAAAAACGUUUUUCAGGUCGCGAAAAGUUCUGGAGCACGGAAAUGAGAUAACGGAUGAGGCUCAGACGGAAAAGAUGCAAGUCUCGGCUGAAUUCGAGCACUUUCUGAAUAGAACCCGCAAAGAAUUGGUCAGAAAUUACGAGACGAUGCAUUUGAAGGUGAAUUCGUUCGGAAAGGAGCUGAGAGACGUGCUGAAAGUGUACACGGAUGUGCAGAAACGGAUGAAGAGCGAGGAGAAACAGGUGAGCAAAGAAAUAGAUCCGGUCCUCACAAUAGGGGAAAUUUAGAAACUCGAGGUGGCGCAUCAUAUGUUCAUCGAACACGUCGAGAAGAAUUCCGUCGAGUUGAAGGAUUUGAAGGCGAAUGUGAGAAAACUUUACGAAAUACGAAACGUUUUUGAAAUCUUCAAUAUUCAGAUCGUGAAACUUCAGACGCUUUUCAAUCCUCAACUCCCACCGAUUCCCUCAGCGACGUCGAAAUUCCGUCAGAAUCCAUCGGACUAUCUCGUGCAAUCCAACCACAUCCAGAAGCCGUUCAAACCGAUCGAAACCGAACUGGUGACCCACAUGACUCGUAUCAUUCAGGAGCUCUAUUUGCUCCGCGAGAACCUCCAGGCCUGUCCGCACAUUGUCAAGCUCACCGAGCCGAUCAUUGCUCAGAGCAAACGUGUCGCCGAGAUGAUUCUCAAAGAGGUCAUUUUUCGAAAACUCUAAAAGUGCAUCUGAUAACUAUUUUUUUUUUAGUAUCCUGCGCGAGCUCUCGAAGAUUUCCUGAAGACUCUGCCCGCUGAUCAGCGUGAAGGAUGA